AUGUCCUUCAUGCUCAUGCAGACCCCAGAUCCUCGGACGAUCAAGGACGCUCUCCCCGACUUCACCAACGUCUCACAUAUCUUCCUCCCCAUCAACGACAACCACUCAGCCUCCAUUGCUGAAGGCGGCACUCAUUGGUCACUGCUGUUGGUCUCCAUUGUCGAUGGCGUCGCCUUCCAUUAUGACAGCAUGCCCCCUGGCAACCAGCAUGAAGCGCACUACGUUACCCAAAAGCUCUCUCGAUUGAUCAACAAACCUCUUCGAUUCAUCCAAUUGACCGACUCGCCCUUGCAGGAUAACUCGAGCGAUUGUGGGGUGUUUGUCUGUCUUAACAUGAGGCAUCUACUUCUCAAGAGACUCCUGAUGGUCAGAACAGAUGCGAAGGUCAGCAUGAGUCUGGGUGACAGAAGGGUUGAUGCUUCGGCCGGCAGGAAGGAGAUGCUAUGCAUCAUCGAGGAGUUCCGCAGAGAGGGCGAGAGAAGAAGAUCUGUGAUUUCAGCUUUCACCAUUACACCUGGGGCAAAUAUGGGGAAGCUGAUGGCUAACAACUCGUUGCAGCAUCAGCAACUCCCCUCACCCAGGCCGAAAGUCCAAGUCACCACCCCGCAUAGAUUCACCGCGCGUGAGAUCAAAGAGCAACGAACCCACGAAUUGGUCCUGAUACGGUUUCACACGGCACGAAGAGACGACUACGAAGUGAUGUAA